ACUGUCAAAGCGAUCCAAUUGUUUCGUGAACUAUAAAAUUCUUUCCAUACUGUCGUAUAAGUGUAGUUUUUGGGACUAAUAUUAGUCAUAACUUGCAUUUUUUCAGCUAAUCGUGUAGACGGCCCAGAGUCCGCGAUUAUCGUUUUAUUGUAAAUUAAAAAAAGUAUUGUAUAUUUCCGAAAUUUCCUCUCAUAUCAGAAAUGUCUGAACGUUACACUUUCGGAGGUUCCUUGGCUUCGAUAACAUGUCACGCCUGGAACAAAGAUCGCUCACAAAUAGCUCUUUCGCCCAACAACAACGAAAUUCAUAUCUAUAGUCGGGAGCGCAAUGAUUGGAAACUUUUAGACGUGCUAAAUCAACAUGAUUUACGCGUAAUGGGCAUAGAUUGGGCCAAAAAUACGAACCGAAUUGUGAGUUGUGCUGCCGAUAGGAACGCAUAUGUGUGGUCACAAGGCGAUGACGGUAAAUGGAAGCCAACAUUAGUGUUGUUGCGUAUAAAUCGUGCUGCUACUUGUGUUAAAUGGUCACCAGCAGAGAAUAAAUUUGCUGUUGGCUCUGGGGCCCGAUUGAUAUCGGUGUGCUACUUUGAGUCUGAAAAUGAUUGGUGGGUAUCGAAGCAUAUAAAGAAGCCAAUUCGUUCGACAGUAACUUCAUUGGAUUGGCAUCCUAAUAAUGUGUUGCUAGUGGCUGGAUCAACUGAUUAUAAAGUUCGCGUGUUCUCAGCUUACAUUAAAGACAUUGAGGAUCAACCAACUCCCACCCCCUGGGGAAAUCGCAUGCCUCUGGGAAAUUUAAUGGCUGAAUUCAAGAAUUCCAUAAGUUCCGGUGGUGGUUGGAUCAAUGAUGUAAACUUUUCGGCUGAUGGUAACAAAAUUUGUUGGAUAGGCCAUGACAGUUGCAUUAAUAUUGCGGAUGCAACUAAUGGCAAUGUAGUUGUGCGUUGCAAAACACAAUACUUGCCAUUCCUUUCCUGCGUAUGGAUAUCGCCAGUUUCUAUAGUUGUGGCUGGCCAUAGCUGUGUUCCUCUGGUGUAUACUUUGGUUGAAAACUCAAAAUUGGUGCUAACUGCAAAGUUGGAUAAAUCUCAGAAAAAAGAAACUAGCGGUAUAUCCGCCAUGCGCAUUUUUCAAUCGUUGGAUCGUAAUUUAAGAACUGAAAAUUCUGACACCAAUGUUGAUUCCAUUCAUCAAAACGCCAUAACUUGUAUUCGCUUGUAUGCCGGCGAUAAGGAAAAUGGCAGAAAAAUCAGCACAUCUGCUGUUGAUGGUCAACUUGUUAUUUGGGAUCUCGAUAAUGGGCUAAAUAAUUCCAUGAAUAACUUGAAAAUCUAAGCUUUAAAAGCCAAAAUAUAUUCCAUAUGUACUUUUGUUCAAAAUAUAUUAACUUUCCUAAUAUAUAUGUA